CGGCCUCCAGCAUGGCGGCGGCCGUGCGCGCUGCGAGCCGUCUUCCGGCGCUGGGCGGCGUGCGGCCGGGUCAUUUCUUGUCCAGGCAGCUUUCUGUAAACACCUUUCCAGCUGCAGCUUCUGUUCUGGCAUUGAAGACUGCUCUCAGCAAUGGCUCUUUGUCGGCACAGGGAACCAGAGACAACCACUAUUUCAGCAGGUUCAGCCAUGCCCUGCAGACACAAUGCUGUCUUUCCUCUCCCAGUAACUUGAUGGGCCAGCAGCACAGACCCUACAGUUUCUUCACUAAACUGACGGCAGAUGAGCUGUGGAGAGGUGCUUUAGCAGAGACGGGUGCUGGAGCAAGAAAAGGAAGAGGCAAAAGGACUAAGAAAAAGAGAAGAAAGGAUUUGAACCGGGGUCAAAUCAUUGGUGAAGGGCGUUCUGGUUUCUUGUGGCCUGGUCUUAAUGUCCCACUCAUGAAAAAUGGAGCCAUGCAGACCAUUGGCCAAAGAAGCAAAGAAGAGCAGGAGAAGGUGGAGGCGGACAUGGUCCAGCAGAGAGAAGAGUGGGACCGGAAGAGGAAGAUAAAAAUUAAACGGGAACGAGGCUGGAGUGGAAAUACAUGGGGAGGCGUCAGUCUUGGCCCCCCUGACCCCGGCCCCAAUGGAGAAACAUAUGAUGACUUUGAUACCAGGAUACUUGAGGUCAGAAAUGUUUUUAAUAUGACUGCAAAAGAGGGAAGAAAGAAAUCAGUCCGUGUCCUGGUCGCUGUGGGGAAUGGAAGAGGGGCUGCAGGUUUUGCUGUUGGGAAAGCCAGUGACCGGGCAGAUGCUUUCAGAAAGGCAAAGAACAAAGCAAUUCAUUGUUUGCAUUACGUUGAGCGGUAUGAAGGCCACACAAUCUUCCAUGAUAUCGCAUUACGAUACAAAAGGACACAUAUCAGGAUGAAGAAAGAACCCAGAGGUUAUGGUCUCCGCUGCCACAGGGCCAUUAUCACCAUCUGCCGGCUCAUUGGCAUAAAGGACAUGUAUGCCAGGGUCUCUGGGUCCCUGAACAUGCUCAACCUCACCCGGGGCCUCUUCCAUGGGCUCGCCCACCAGGAAACCCACCAACAGCUGGCUGACAAGAAGGGUCUCUAUGUGGUUGAGUUCCGGGAGGAAUGUGGCCCUCUGCCAAUUGUGGUCGCCUCCCCUCAGGGGCCUUUGAGAAAGGAGCCAGAGCCAGAAGAUGAGGUUCCAGACGUCAAACUAGACUGGGAAGAAAUAAAGGCUGUGCAGAGGAAGAAGCACUCUGUGUGGGCAGGUGUGAAGAGAGCCGCCACCUGAUCUUCCUCUAGCCUGGCCACUACUUGAUGCUGCCCAGCACUUUGGAAAGAAUCUACCCUCAUGCCUUGGCAUGUGGUGCGCCCCCACCCCUACUUUUUUUUGGAGGAAAAUCCAACCUUCUUUAUUUACAAAUAAAUUACAGCUUUGAUUUAUUGGGCACAUAUUA